AUGGCGGAGACUGGAAACGAGAGGAGACGAAACGAGACUCAAGCUGGCGUUGGAGGAGAGUGGGGUUCAGCGGAUGGCAUUAGAGCCUUAUUUUUGCCUCCAAACGUUACUGCCCUCAUCCAGCCUCUAGACCAGGGAGUUCUAGAAACUUUUAAGCGAAACUACAAAAAGAGGCUGCUUAGAAAUCUACUGGAGAAGCUAGAGGACGGGCUGGGUGUCACUGAUGCUCUCAAGUUAAUCACAAUGAAAGAUGUUGUCUACUGGGUGUCAGAAGCUUGGGAUAACGUUAGGGAGGACACUAUAAGAAGGUCAUGGCGCAAACUUUUCGGAAUUGAAAAGGCAAGCCGCCAAGAGACAGCUGCUCCUGAAAACCAGCCAAGAGCAUGUCCUCCUGAAAAUGAAGAGCUUGUGAAUCUUUGUAACCACCUUCCAGUGGCUGAGCCCAUCAGUGCAGAGGACAUCAGUGAAUGGAUCAAUGGAGAUGAGGAUCAGGCCCUAACUGAUGACGUGAUUAUCCAGAUGCUCAACCAACCAGAAGAUGAUGACAACGAUGAACCUGAUGGGGCGACUGAGAAAAUAUCACAUACAGAAGGUCUAAGAACGAUCGAGGGAGCACUGGCAUACAUUGAACAACAAGAAACCGCAACAACAAACGAUUUAGUUUGGCUGCGACGCUGGCGCAACAGGGCGGCUAGCCUAAGAUCCUCUAAUCUAAGUCAAAAAAACAAUAACUGA